GUAAGAGUGAGGGCUCCCCCCCUUCUUCCUUCAGCUCUUCAUUGCGUUAACACCUGGCGAGGAACUCAUCUUUCAGAAAGAAAGAAGACAGAGGAAGAAAGAAAGAAAGAAAGAGAACGAAAGAGGAUCCCUUAGACAGAAUACCGAGUCUCCAGUAAGCACAGGGGGAAAGCUCUACCGAUGGAUAUGAUCUUGAGAUGCCUUCUUGUUUCCUUUGUCCUUCCCCUGGGUGUGAUGCUUCAUGGGAGUGAAGUGCAUUACAUAGAUGCUACUUAUGGGCAAGAAGUUACCCUUCCUUGCCAAGUUGGUAUACCGGUAGUUAACCCGAGCAUUCCAGUGAUCUGGAAAUAUAAAUCACAAGAAAUAAUUAAAUAUCAGCGUGGACUACUUUUAAGAGGUCCCUCAUCAACAGCAUCAUACUCGUUAAAGAAUCCAGAGAAAAGGGAUUACUCUUUAAUUAUCAGAAAUGGAAAGUAUACAGAAAUGGAAGGACAGUAUACAUGUGAAGCACAUGGGGAAAUAAAAACUACUAUUCUUAACUUGUGGAGCGUAAAAGGACCUUCAGAUGAAUACCUCCUGGAGGGCGACAUUACACAACUGGAACUGUCUUCCUUGGACAUGUCGACGAAAGUUGAGUGGUUUGGCCCCAACAAGUCAAAAAUAACGGAUAAAAAAGUGCGAUGGACUCUACAAAAUAAAGAUCGGAGGCUGCAGAUAAAGGACCUUAAAGCUCGGGAGGACCAAGGGACCUGGGAAUGUAUCAUUAGUCGUAGUAGGCUUCGCAUCACCCAUGAUGUCAAAGUGAUAGGUUUUGUUAAUUCACUGGAUGGAGAUACGAGGUAUGUAGCUGUUAAUAGCACAGUUGUCCUUUCAUGUGAAUUGAACAUUGACUUCCAAGAGAUCCCAAAGAACAUCCUAAGAAACCCAGUUUUGAAAUGGACAAACAAUAACAAGACCAUUGUGGAGGUUGACUUAAACAAUUUCAACAGUUCCCUACUUCAGCAAAAGAUAGACAAGGUCCAGUUUGAGCAUGCUGGAGAGCACAAGUGCAGUAUUGGAUUUACACGGAGGAAUUUGAGUAAGACCACCCACUUGGUAGUGAUGAAAGUUUCUGCUGACCGCCCUAGACUUGAUUCCAAAGAAAAUGUGACCCUCUGCUGUCACGUCUCUGCUCCUGAUCUUUCUAAGGCUCAGUUGUGCUGGAAUAAAAGGCGUGACUCACCCAAAUGUGAAACUCACCUUCCAGAGGGCAAAUUUUGUUAUGAGGCCACAAGUGCAGGGGAGUGGAAGUGCAGCCUCGUGGUAGAGGACGAAGAGAAGCUCAGUAUGAUCUACUUUGUGGAUGAGGCCUCGACUGCUAUGGCGAAUUCUUCAUUCCCACUGACUUACAUAGCCAUUGGAGCUGGUGUGAUGUUGCUGCUGUUGAUCAUCAUAGGCGUGUGUGUGUUCAGUUCCAAAACUGUUAAACAGAAAAGGCGGAGAGCAAGGAGGAUGGCUCAAGCCAGGCAGCACUUGCUUGAAAAGAAGACUUGUCAGUGUCAUAAGUAUGUACCAAAGCACUCAGCAGAUACCCUGCAGUGACUUAAAGGAGGACCCUUUGUCACUUAUUUUUCCAAGUCUUCCUCGGGGAAAGGGGACUAGGAGCCAACAAGAGCAGCUGAUGACACUUGUUAUCAUUCUCUACCAAGAGACAAGACAGAUUCAAGAGAACAGGGUUAUUUCUCUUUUAAUGCCACCUUUAGCGGUUUCGUUUUGCAGUAAUGGACCAAAAUGAAAAUAGCCUCAGAAAUGAUAAACAAGCUCUCAGCAUCACCAGUUAAAAUUUGUCCUCUACCCCGUUAAUCAACUGAAGUUCUACUUGAAAAUCUACCAGUUAAACCAAGUAAAGCUUGCAUGAACAUGAGAAUAAGGACCUGAACACAUGCGAGCAUUAUUUAGCUGUAUAUCCACUUUCCCCCUCAUUCAAAUUACACUGGAGUGUUCCAUACCCAGACAUACUUGAAUUUGUAUAUGAGGAGCAACUUCUGCCUCUCCUGUUCAUUCCAGUAGCAUCUCCUUUUGGGGUUUGUGUCUGCCUUCUAAUCUGUUAAAUCUGCUAUGAUGAUUAAGUAUCAAUAGGGUGAGACCCAGGUGGCGCUGUGGUUAAACCACUGAGCCUAGGGCUUGCCGAUCAGAAGGUCGGCGGUUCGAAUCCCUGUGACGGGGUGAGCUCCUGUUGCUUGGUCCCAGCUCCUGCCAACCUAGCAGUUCGAAAGCACGUCAAAAUGCAAGUAGAUAAAUAGGAACCGCUACAGCGGGAAGGUAAACGGCGUUUCCAUUGUGCUGCUCUGGUUCACCAGAAGCGGCUUUGUCAUGCUGGCCACAUGACCUGGAAGCUAUACGCCGGCUCCCUCGGCCAAUAAUGCGAGAUGAGCGCGCAACCCCAGAGUCGGUCACGACUGGACCUAAUGGUCAGGGGUCCCUUUUCCUUUACCUUUAUCAAUAGGGCAUGUGCACUGAUAUCUGUGCAAUAUCUGGUGUAUUUUCCCCCCUUUUGAUAUCUUGGUUGUGCACAGGACUAGAAAAUGGCUCAUGCAAACCACCUUAAAAAUUUGACAUGAUUUCCUUGACUUUUUCUGGUUUGGUGCAAAUCCUAGGGAUCAAAACAGUGAAAAAACGGUAUGCUCCUCGAUGCAAGGAUUUUUGUUAGUGUGACAAAUUGAAGCACUUUUGGAAUGUUUAUUCCUACCCGGCUGGCAAAGAGUUAACCCACCUCCAGCCUGACUGACAUAGAACUCUGAUGGGGGCGGGACUGUGCCCGGUUAAAAAGGAGGGAGUGUCGGUUUGGUCAGUUAGGAGGGAGAGGGAGGAGGGUGUGGUGGCUUGUAUGAAGAAAGUGAAGAGGCUAGGAAAACUUAAAGUUAAAUGUUUGACUGAGGUUUUUUUUUGUACAACUGGAACAAGGCAAAUAAAUACAUGAAACGUUAAAGAAACACUUAUGCUUUUAAAACAAUAAAACUUCAUCUCUGUUUUGCCAAAAAGGUUCGUCCUUAUUUGUCCAGCGAGGUACCAGGACUCACAGCCGUGGUGGCUCAAGAGAGGGCAAAACUCACCUCAGGCAGGGAGGUGGCAGUUUGUGUCCUGGGGUUACACGGGGGAGGCUUUGUAGGGUAACCUGAGGUGCCAAGAAGUUGCCAGAGUGAAAAGGGCAAACUUUUACAGUGGGGAAUCAA